AUGAAAGAUGAUUAAGAAUAAUAGAGAAUUCCAGAUGCAUAUAGAGUUUUUGUACUAAUUUCAAUCACAAAUUUACUUGUGAGUCUUGACCAUGGUAUAAUUCCAGCAGGUUUAUAUAAUAUUUAAAAAUGUAAAGCAAGUGUUUAAGUUCAAAAUGCACUGAAAUUAUCGAAUUAAGAAUUAGGCGUAUUAGGUUCAUUAGUAUAUGCAGGGACUGUGGUAAUGGGAUUUGGGGCCUCUUUCAUAUUUUUAAAAUACAAUCCAUUAAGAGUUAUUGAAAUCAGUAUGAUUACUAUGAUUUUGAGUCUUUUUGUAUUUACAUUGCAAUUUGAUAUUGCAUGGCCUUAUUAUUUAAGUCGAUUUAUAACAGGGGCAGCUUAAGCUCCAUUGAUAGUUUAUUUUCCUGUUUGGGUGGACACAUUUGGUUAAGAUAACAAAACAGUAUGGUUAACAAUUCUAUAAGGAGGAGUUCCAUUUGGAGUAUUUGUUGGAUAUGUAUUGGCAAGCGUUAUUGCAGCAUAAUGGAAUGUAAUUAUAUUUAGAAAUAAUAAAAGUGGCGAUGGGCAUUUUAUUUAUAAAUUGUAGUACUUAUACCAAGCAUUGCAUUAUUAUCUCGAUAACCAUAAUAAAAUAUAGAUGUUAGACCAUAUGUUAAAGACAAUAAUAAUACAUAUGAAAAGAUGCCUUAUUUUGAAUUGAUUAAAUUAACCUUUUAAUCUAGGUCAUAUGUUGUAAUGACAAUAGUAUUGGGAUUGUUAUAUUUUUCAGUAACAGGAAUAUAAUUUUGGAUUUCUAAUUAUUUAGUUACAGUCUUGUGCUUUAAUCAAGGUCUAGUUAAUACACUUUUUAGUUUAGAUUCAAUUACAGGUCCUACACUUGGAUGUGUAUUAGGUAAAAUAUAUAUUUCUAGUUUAUUUUUAGGAGGAUUAGUAACUCAACAUUAUGGAGGAUAUGAUUCUAAGAAUGCUUAUUAUAUAACUAGCAUUGCAGCUGUUUUAGGUUCAUUAUCUUCAAUAUGUGUAACACUGACAAAUAAUAUUUGGGCCAUUACAGGAUUUAUUUGGUUACUUCUCUUUUUUGGAGGUGCUUUGGUACCAAUUAUUACUGGUAACCAAUUGAAUAAUAAAACUUAUAGGAAUUAUAUUAUCAUCAGUCAAUUAAGGAAUGCGAUCAUUUGCAAAUUCUAAUACAACUACUUAUGUGAAUUUAUUUGGAUAUCUACCAGCUCCUAUUGUUUAUGGUUAUUUGUCAUCUAUCUCUCCUAAUUUAGGAUAUUAUUGUUUAAUGUAUUGUCCAAGCGUAGGAUGUUUAAUGAUUCUAUGGACAACUUAUCACUAAAGAAAAAAUGAUUGUUUUAUUGCAGAUAAAUCUAUAGAUUCUAUGGAAAUGCAUCCUCCUUCAGCUAGAAGUACUUCAGUGAUGUAAAUAAUAUAGAAUUUUCAUAAUCAAUCUGAUGGUAAUUAUAAAAUAAUUAUAAUAUAAAUAGAUUUUGUUAAGGAAGUACUAGAAUUUCAUGCAACCCCAAUUAAUAAUAUAACUACAACUCUUUACUACGAAAAGUAAUUGUGA